AGGCGAAGGGAGACAGGCCCCAGGCCCCAGGGCGGAGCCAGGCUGCCUGAAAGCUGCUAGUGAGCACCUGGGCCCAAACUCCUGGGACCGGGGCCAGAACCGCGGACGGUGCCGACCGGCAUGCUGUCUGCCGGGUUUGUGAUGUGGAGUGAGAGACGGGCGGUGUGAGAGUCAGAGCCCAGGCCGAUCUCGGUGCGAGAGGGAGCUGGAAGACGGGGCUUGGGGGAAGAAAAUGGCGGGGAGCUGCACCAACUUGACGGCGGCAUCGGCGGCGGCGGCCGCCGGGGAGAUCAUCCAGCUCAACGUGGGCGGUACCAGAUUCAGCACCUCAAGACAAACACUAAUGUGGAUUCCAGACUCCUUUUUCUCUAGCUUGCUGAGCGGGAGAAUUUCAACACUACGGGAUGAAACUGGAGCAAUAUUUAUUGACAGAGAUCCUACAGCAUUUGCACCAAUUCUGAACUUUCUUCGAACAAAAGAAUUAGAUUUAAGGGGAGUAAACAUCAAUGUUCUGAGACAUGAAGCAGAAUUUUAUGGGAUUACUCCUUUAGUUCGUCGUCUGUUGCUAUGUGAAGAACUUGAAAGAUCAUCAUGUGGCAGUGUCCUAUUCCAUGGCUAUUUGCCACCUCCAGCUAUUCCCAGUAGGAAAGGAAGCAUUGGAGGGCUCGGACCCUCGCAGGAGAGUAAAGCUGGACAGAGCAUAGUAGAAGGUACAAGCCGUUCAAAUACAGCUCCUUCUGUGUCAGCUGGAGUCAUCUCAACAGAAGGGUCUGCCAGAUUAGGCACAGUGGUGGAUCCCCGGAAAGUUCUGAUAGUAGCUGGUCAUCACAACUGGAUUGUUGUAGCUUAUGCACACUUCGUGGUUUGUUACAGAAUUAAAGAGUCCUCUGGAUGGCAGCAGGUUUUCACAAGUCCAUAUUUAGACUGGACAAUAGAGCGAGUAGCAGUUAAUGCUAAAGUUGUUGGAGGACCCUUUGGUGAUAAAGACAAGAUGGUAGCUGUGGCAUCUGAAAGUAGUAUAAUCCUUUGGAGCAUUCAGGAUGGAGGAAGUGGCAAUGAAAUAGGUGUAUUUAGUCUUGGAGUUCCAGUGGAUGCACUCUUCUUUAUUGGGAAUCAGCUGGUUGCAACCAGUCAUACUGGGAAAGUAGGAGUGUGGAAUGCAGUCACUCAGCACUGGCAGGUGCAGGAGGUUGUUCCUAUCACAAGCUGCGACACAGCGGGGACAUUCCUUCUGCUAGGCUGUAACAAUGGAUCGAUAUAUUAUAUAGACAUGCAGAAGUUCCCAUUAAGGAUGAAGGAUAAUGAUCUUCUGGUUACUGAGCUUUAUCAUGAUCCAUCAAAUGAUGCUAUCACUGCAUUAAGUGUGUACCUCACUCCAAAGACAAGUGUCAGCGGCAAUUGGAUUGAGAUUGCAUAUGGAACCAGUUCUGGUGCAGUGCGUGUAAUAGUCCAGCAUCCUGAAACUGUAGGGUCAGGUCCCCAGCUCUUCCAAACCUUCACAGUUCACCGAAGCCCUGUAACUAAAAUCAUGCUGUCUGAAAAAUAUCUGGUGUCUGUGUGUGCCGAUAAUAACCAUGUGAGGACUUGGACAGUCACUCGUUUCAGAGGCAUGAUUUCCACACAGCCGGGUUCUACACCACUAGCUUCAUUCAAAAUUCUUUCAUUAGAGGAGACAGAGAGUCAUGGAAGUUAUGCAGCUGGAAAUGAUAUUGGACCAUUUGGGGAGAGAGAUGAUCAACAGGUUUUCAUCCAGAAAGUUGUUCCAGUUACUAACAAGUUGUUUGUUCGUUUGUCCUCUACAGGGAAAAGGAUUUGCGAGAUCCAGGCAGUAGAUGGUAUGACAAUAACUGCAUUUACUGUAAGGGAAUGUGAAGGUUCUAGUCGAAUGGGUUCUCGACCAAGGAGGUAUCUCUUCACAGGCCAUGGAAAUGGAAGCAUUCAGAUGUGGGACCUGACGACUGCUAUGGACAUGGUAAACAAAAAGGAAGACAAGGAUGUUGGAGGCCCCACGGAAGAAGAGCUGUUGAAGUUGCUGGAUCAGUGUGAUCUGAGCACAUCGCGCUGUGCUACUCCCAACAUCAGUCCAGCUGCCUCACUAGUACAACAUACUAAACUGCGGGAGUCAAGCUCCAGUCUUCAGCUUCAGACUGCCGACACUCUUCAUGAAACUGCAACAUAUGGUUCUGUGAGACCAUAUAGGGAGAGCCCAUUGCUUGCAAGAGCAAGGCGUACAGAAAGCUUUCACAGUUAUCGAGACUUUCAGCCAUUUACAUUCAAUAAAAACAUAUUGGAUAAAGGGAGCAUUGCUUCUGACAGUGAUUCUUCAAUACAGACAGAAGGUGAGCUAAAAGGAAAGAAGUUUGGAGUCACUGAAUGUAGCAGUAGUGACAGGAAGAGCCAGGUGACUGACACUCGAGCAAGAAGUUUGGAUAGGGCACCAGAGGCUCUGAAAGCAAGCGAAAGUCUGGCUGACUUGAAGAAAAAGGGGCAGGAUGAAGAAACUGAUAAAAUUGAAAACAAGAAGAAAAGUACUUUUGAAGGAGGGUUUUUGAGCAGGAAAAAAACUGUUGUAGCUCAGCCGUUGGCAUCAUGUCCAAAUGGUCCUGAAACAGGCAGUGAGCCGCAAGGUGCAUCCUCACAAUCACCAACAAAGGGAGCCACUUCUCCUCGCCACAAGAAGGUUGAGGCUUCUUGUCAGGACCACAGUUUGUGAGUCACCUAAAAAGGAGCUUGGAUUUUAAUUGACAAGAACUUAUAAUGCUACAGUAUUCACAUGCAAAUACGUUGUUACACUAACAUCUGUUUCAAGUUCAAAGAGUUACUACUUUUUUUGCCAGUAUUAUUUUGUUUAAACAUUUAUUUUGUUGCAUUACAGCAUUUUAGUAUACACUAAACACCAGCAUAAGCAUUGUUAUGAAAACUGACACAAGGUGUUUACUCCCUAGUAACUGAGCCGGUUGAAAUUUUUUUUUUAAUUUGUCAAUGCCUCAAUUAUUUGGCUUCCAUUGUAAUACACACUAAUUUUUACAUAUUGUUUGCGCAGACAUCUAGGUAUAUUGAAGUUGUAAAGUCCCAUUCUAAUUGUUUUUAUUCAUUGUUUGAUCUGGAUAGCUUCAAAAUGCAUUUACUCAAAUACACAAGCAAAAACUUUAAGGACCUGAUGGGGUGGUAUUGAAACAAAAAAAGUAAAUGUCUAUCAAAUACAUUACCUAGAAGAUUUCCAAGUCAAAAAUGCUACAAACAUGAAGGAGUUAACUUGCAUAGAAAAAAAAUCACUGAAAUGAAAUAUUCAAUACUGCAUUGCUUUUAUUAAAUGAUCUAUAUUUAAUUAAAGUUAGAACAUGAGUGGUACAGACUAAAUUAACUCAUCAUAGUGCUUAUUUUUAUUUGUCUGCAGCACACUGUCAUAUGCUGACUGAAUUAGCAAUAAUACCAGUGGAGUUUAUAUGAAGGUGUUUUGGAUGAGUUUUGGCUGUAGACAAUUCUCUUAAAUACAACAUUGUACUGUGAACAUGGAAUAAAGCCAACUGGAGAUCUUAACCAAAUGCUACGUGACACCAGCAUCAGUAACUAUUCUAACAAUGGGGAAGAAAUAACUCACUUGUAGAGGCAUUACUUCUACUUAGAUAUUCCCAAUCGAUGUGGUUAGCAUGAUGGUGUUUUUGGUACAGGUCCAAAUUGGAGCUUUUAUUUCCAUCAUUCAAAUGAAAGUUCAUCUUUCUAUUUAGAAAGAUGAAUUCUAUGCAAUCUGUACAGUGCAUGAAAGGGAAAAGCCCAGCACCUCAUUUGCACAAGACAGAUGAUGGAGAAAACCAUUUUCUAAAAAAAAACUUCCAAAAUUUAGAUAUUUAAAAGUCAAACAUGAUAGACACUUAAUAGCCCUGCUUACAUCAAGCUUUGUGGUAGUCCCUAAUGUUUAUUUGAAACUAAACAAUUAAUUAGUCAGUAUGAUCAGAGAACCUAAUACAUUUUGAAAAGUAGAGGAUAAAAUUUGAUCUGCUUUAUCAAAUACCCCUACCAGUUACUUGAAUUCAAAACAUACUAGCCAAUUAACCAUUCGCACAUGGUACCAAUUUAUCCUGUUUGACUUUUUUAAAAAAUGAUUCUUGUGGUGACUUAGGAGUCAAGUCCCACCUGCUCCAGAAGUGCUCUGAACACAUUGAUUAGAAAAUACCAAUGUGACAAAAAAUCCGAACUUACUGCUUCAUGUAAAUAACAUCCUUUUUAUUUGCUUGGAGAUGGGUUGAGAUCUGGACAACAGACGAUCCACUGCACGUAAAACUGAAACAUUUUGCACAACACCUGAAUGAGCUAGAGUAUUUUAGUGUACGUAUUGCAAAAUGAGCUUGUUGGCAGAGUUCUGUUUCUCUACAAUUCCAGGGUAAACAGCCAAAGUCUCAGCAUGGACGCUGAUCAUUUUUAUCUUAUCAAAGUCUGCAUAGACAAUGAUUUUGACACACUUCAAGUCUCUUUGGACAAAUAUGUCUGUUUGGGUGUUUUUAUUUCCAAGUUUUAUUAGCAUCUUGCUAACUUUGUAAUAUCUCAACCAAAGUGGGAAUUUCUCAAGUGGGUUUGGUAUCUAUAUUAGAAAAUACCAGAAGAAAUAAUUGGUAACCAAAAGUUCCUCAGGUGCAAUUUAAUACUUCAGAUCUGAACUAAGAACAUACUGGUGUCUCUGCUCGUGGAUUGUUCUAUGACACCAAUGAUUGAUUAAUCAACAUUUUUAAAAGCAGUUUGCACAGCUCUGCAGCAAAGAACUUAAUUCACGUGAGAUUGUGUAACUACAGAAUUUUGUAACUCUUGCACUCCAUAUCCUGUUUCACUGUAACAGAUUCUAAUGAUAAAUUAAAAAUAGAGCUGUUAAACAAUAA